CCACUCACAGACUCAGGGCGUAAGAGAGCUGCAGAAGCGGCAAGCAAAGCAGGUGUUUGGGAAGUAGUUACCCGGGCAACAGAACCAGGGCGUUCCGGAGGUGGUUGCUAUGGAGAACUGGAUGCUGACGAAGGCUUGGGAGACUGAGAAGACAAAUUGCCCUCAUCAUUAUCUCCAGGCUUGUCAAUCAUACAUAUUCACUUAUUUACCUCCGAGAGGCAAACAGCACUAGGAGCAAAGAGCAAAAGGAGAGCGUGUGUGCUCAAAGCAGCAACGGUGCUAGUGUUAAACUUCACGCCAGGAGAGACAGUCACCAUCCAGGAUGGCAACCAUCACCUGCAACCGGUUUACAGAAGAAUAUCAGCUCUUCGAAGAGCUGGGGAAAGGUGCUUUCUCCAUUGUCAGAAGAUGUGUGAAAGUGCUGUCAGGACAAGAAUAUGCUGCCAAGAUAAUAAACACCAAAAAACUUUCUGCUCGCGAUCAUCAGAAGCUAGAACGAGAGGCUCGGAUCUGCCGCCUUCUGAAACAUCCUAACAUAGUGAGACUCCAUGACAGCAUAUCAGAAGAGGCACACCAUUAUUUGAUAUUUGACCUUGUAACUGGAGGGGAGCUGUUUGAAGACAUUGUUGCCAGAGAAUACUAUAGUGAAGCAGAUGCCAGCCAUUGUAUUCAGCAGAUCCUGGAAGCUGUCUUGCAUUGUCAUCAGAUGGGUGUGGUGCAUCGGGAUUUAAAGCCAGAGAACCUCUUGCUGGCCUCCAAACUGAAGGGAGCUGCUGUUAAACUAGCUGACUUUGGUCUUGCUAUUGAAGUAGAAGGAGAACAGCAGGCCUGGUUUGGUUUUGCAGGCACUCCAGGUUACCUUUCUCCUGAAGUGCUCCGGAAGGAUCCCUAUGGCAAAGCUGUUGACCUUUGGGCAUGUGGAGUUAUUCUUUAUAUUCUACUGGUUGGCUAUCCUCCUUUCUGGGAUGAGGAUCAACACCGAUUAUAUCAGCAGAUCAAAGCUGGAGCCUACGAUUUUCCUUCUCCUGAGUGGGAUACCGUUACUCCUGAAGCAAAAGACCUCAUCAAUAAAAUGUUAACAAUCAACCCAUCCAAACGUAUCACAGCAGCAGAAGCUCUGAAGCAUCCAUGGAUAUCGCACCGUUCCACUGUGGCUUCUUGCAUGCACAGACAGGAGACUGUUGACUGCUUGAAGAAAUUCAAUGCCAGAAGAAAGUUAAAGGGAGCAAUCCUCACUACAAUGCUAGCAACCCGUAAUUUUUCUGGAGGGAAAAGUGGUGGCAACAAGAAGAAUGAUGGUGUGAAGAAAAGAAAGUCCAGUUCCAGCGUUCAGUUAAUGGAAUCUUCAGAGAGUACAAAUACCACCAUUGAAGAUGAAGACACUAAAGUACGAAAACAGGAAAUUAUUAAGGUGACAGAGCAGCUGAUUGAAGCAAUAAGUAACGGAGACUUUGAGUCCUACACUAAAAUGUGUGACCCCGGAAUGACGGCAUUUGAACCAGAAGCUCUGGGGAACCUGGUGGAAGGGCUGGAUUUCCAUCGAUUCUACUUUGAAAACUUGUGGUCCAGGAACAGCAAGCCCGUUCACACAACCAUCCUGAAUCCACAUAUCCACUUAAUGGGAGAUGAGUCUGCCUGCAUCGCUUACAUUCGUAUCACACAGUAUGUGGAUACAAGUGGGAUCCCACGCACUGCCCAAUCGGAGGAGACACGAAUCUGGCACCGCCGGGAUGGCAAAUGGCAAAUUGUUCACUUCCACAGAUCUGGAGCACCUUCGGUUUUACCACAAUGUAACAACUACAUGGAUGUUAGGUACAAUAUGACCCUUUCCAUGCAAAGUAGAGCUGCGCCUAUUCAUUUGGCUGCUAUAGACGGCUGAAGCACCUGCCUUGCAGGCCAAGUUUCUCACUGCCUCACUACAAAAGGAAGAUACUUGUUAUCCUUUAUCUAGGGAACUUGGCAGCUGGCUCUCCUAUUUGUUUCUUGCUGGGAAUUCCUUUUACCCUCGGAACUCCUUACCAAAAUAAACUGAGCAUUUAGUAGACUUCUCUCCUCCUGUUUCACCUGGUUCAUGUUUGCUAUUCUGUGCCAUCCUAGUAGAAGACGGCAUGUGUCAUGGCCCUGUUGCAGGAAACGGCUUUCUGUAGACAACAAGAAACCAACAUGGAAGAGGCCGAGAUAAAGCCUUCAUCAAUUAGAAAACCAGCACUUUCUGGCCUCAGCCCCCCUGCCUCCCCAUCUUCUGGAAGUUGCAAGCUACAAGUAGCUGCUCCUCCUAAUUGGAGGCCAUUCUGAUUGGAACAUCCAGACACCACGUGAAGAAGCCUCUCUGAGUCAAUGCCAGCAUUUUCAGUUGUACCUGGAACCAGCUGUCAACUAAAUCAGAUGUCACAUGUUCCUAAAACCAGGAGGCAGGCAACUAACAUAUUAGAUGGCCAUAUGCAUCUAGUAAAUAAACAAAAUUAUUUGGUUUAAACUAUUAAUUACAUAAAUUCCAAACAACUUUCUAUUACUCGAGAAAAUCUCUAUGUUCACAAUUUUUUCUUGGAGUGAAUUAAGUUUUAUUUUGAAUGGCUUGUAAAAUAUAUCAUUAUCUUCCUAUCAGAAUAUGUUUUAUGAUUAGGCCAACAGAUAUUCCUAACAAUUCUAGCAAGAAAAAUGCCCCCUUUUCUUCUUUUUUUUUUUUCAGAGACUGAGCUGAAAGGAAAUGGCCAGUAGUUUGUCAUCAUGACUAUGACUCUAAGUCAGUGUUGGAAAUUUUCAGAUUUGUGGACUUCAACUCUCCAUCCUGGCUGAGGAAUUCUGGGAGUUGAAGUCCACACAUCUUAAAGCUGCCUAAUUUAAAAAAAACAAAAAAACAUUGUUCUAAGUAACCAUAAAAGAAAUAAUAGCUUGAAAAUAUUGACAUGACAGCAAUUAUUUCCAUGUUAGUUUUCACUAUAAUGAGAUAUUUUCAAAAUAAUUACGACUAUUCAAUUUAUAACAGGAACUUCAUUUAUUUAUGAUCAGUUGGGAAACAGCUGCCUUAAAAAAAGGGCUGUUUUGACUUAAUAGGCUACUGAGUUUGACUUUGUCUUUGUCUCAGCAGGCCUUUUGUUUCCUUACCUUUAACAUUGUGAAUUUUAUUUUCUCUCUGCCUCUCCAAGACUUGGAUUCUUAAUUAGUUAAUAGCAGUAGCCGGACUCCCAGAUCUGGGCUAUCUCUCUUUACUACUAUCUAGCAGUCAGCUGAAUUUUGGUAGCACUAAGCCGUUAACAAUCAAAUAAAUCAGCAAAUGACUCCCAAAGCCUACUUUCAUCCACCUUUCCUACAUAUAAAUUUCAGGAAACAUGGCAGCAUGGAAGAUACCUAUGGUGUGGAACCAAACUGCCCCUUAAUUUGAAAUAAAAAGAGAGGCCAACCCUUUCCAGCAAAGAUAGAAAAUGCAAACUUUACAAAUGACACUUUGAGGCAUUUCGAUGAUGCUUUUAACAAACAAAAUGAAACCUUUCGCUAUUUCUUGUACUUUGCAUGCCUUUUUACAGGAAAAAUGAAACCCGUGUUAUUUCGUAAACUUUUGAGUAUUGCUGAAAUGGAUCUUUAUGUAAUACCUAGAAAUAUCAACUGUUUGGGUUUGUGGUUGAUUUUUUUUUUUUAAAUAAAGUUGGGGUGGGGUGGGUGACUUAAUAUGUUAUUGUUUACAUUUGGAGUUGACUUGUGAUAAAUUGUUAUGAAAAGUGUAAAAAAGUACAAGAAACUAAAAACGGGGAAGAAGGAUGUGUGACAUGGCCCUAUGGAAAGGCAGAAAGAAGUUUACACAAAUACAAGAACCCUGUCAGGUUCACUUGUUAUAUGCUGCGGAAGUCUGACAAUCCAUACUACACAUCUGAAUGGCAUCAUGAAGACAGAAUCAACUUUGGAACAGUGGCAAUACCUGUUAGUAUAUCAUGACAUAAAAGCCAGCUAGAAGAAACAGAGAAAUUGAUUCUUCUUAAGCCUGUAUCUUUUUUUUUUUUUAAUGAUAGAGAAAACAUGUUGAAAAUGACCUGGAAAGCAUCACCUACUUGCCUUCCAAGGAUAAAAAUAAGAAACCUGAGGAUUUUAAAAACUUUUUGGCAGUCUCUAUGUUUCUUGUUCCCUUUUAUUUUUUUCCAGCUUUAAGAGUCUUUACUCUUUGGUGUGAGAUUAACUACCAUACACUUCUACUACCAGGGGAAUGAACUUAUAAAUGGCACUUCCUUCAUUUGCAUGACAUCUAACUUUAUAAACCGCUAUAUGUAUUUCAAAGCAAACAAACAAUGCUUGUUUAGGAACAAUUACAACAGAAAAUGGAUAAGCUUGCUGUAUACAUUUUGAAUGAUGUAGUUUUACCUUUUCCGUAAAAUGCUUAGCUUUCCAUCUUCUAAGACAGUGUGAAUACAUGAUGCUAUAAAGCUAUGUUUGCAAAAUGCAAGAAUAAUUUCCCACUGGAGCAGGGGGGAAGUGAUGACAAUUACAGGGCGCCUACUUGAUAGGAUUUGAUUGCCUUAAAUAGAAGUUUACUUUUUUACAUGGAACAAAGUAGAAAUAUACCAUUUACACAAAACUGAUAACAUAAUUGGAUGAUUCAAUGCUCCAUUGGAGCUGUGAAGAAUUAUAUUGAGAUUAUUUGAGUUGGGAGGGCUUUUAGAGUUCAAGAGGUAUUGUAUGAUUGUAUGGAUCUGAAUACAUGUUCAUAUUUAAACUACUUGGGUUUUAGAACAUUUGGGGGGCUUCCUUACCCAAUAGUAUCCUGAUAUUUCACAUUAACAUGGCCCUCACUAUCAUGGACACCUAUUUUUGAAGGGUCAUUCUCUCACAUAAUAUAAUUUUAUACUGAGUAUCACUAAGCCUUCUACUCAGCCCUGGAUUCCAAGGAAGAAAUGGAUCUUCUUUUGAGCUUGAAUCUCCUUUUAACUUGUUCAUCCUUAAAUAACUGGCUAGAGAGCUACUCUUGUGCUCUUUCCUCAUGAAAAUCUCAGUUUAGGUAAUAAAUCUUAAAACAGUUUCAGUGUUGCUAAACCUUGACAGCCUACCUUGUCUGAGUUUUCACUUGUAGAAAUAGUCUCCUACCCAUGUUUUCUAUCAAGAGUCGCCAUUGAGUAUCUUUCUUGUGGCAACUUAAACACUGCAUUUUGUAAUAUUUUAUAGCUUCCAUCAUCAUUAAAAAAAACAAUGCUUUGAUAAGCUAAGAGAAGCUGGAGUCUAGAGGAAGCUGAGUUGAGUUUUUAGUCUUCCAGUAAAAAAAAAAACCUGACAGACUGAAAUGUAUUUCAACUCCUUUGAGUUUUGCCUGCUGCAUCUGACAUAAGCACCUGCACUUUAAACCUCCGGAUUGCAUUGGCAUUGCUAAAACUUUUUUUUCUUAACUAAGGAAGCAUUUAUAGCCACAUUACUAUCCAUUGCUAUACUUGUUUCUCUUCUACAUUUUCUGUCCUUGCUUACUUUUUCAGAUUUCUAGCAUUUUUAAUGGCUCAUUUCUAAUGAUUCCAAGUAUCUGCAAAGAAAUUGUCAAUAAAAUACAGAGCAUUCUUAUUAUUUAUUUUGUACUGCUAGGGCUCAUAAUCAAAAUUAAUAUUACCUUUGAAGACUGACCUGUUUUCAUAGAUUAAACAACCCCGUACCUUUCUUGAUUGUAACAUAAACCAUGUGGGGAAGAAGUAGCUUACAUACUUGUACAUCAUUUUAUCCUGUAAAAAGAACCAUUUCUAUUUUUAUUUAAAUUAUUUUGGCAGGGAGAGGGAAAUGAUUUUGGUAUUUAAUGGAUUGCUAACUUUUUCCAAUACAAUAUCUUUGUUAAUGUUUGGACAGCAAAUCAUAACAUUUCUCUGUUCUUCCUUUGUUGUCAUCUUUUUUUAUUCCUUAUAACAAAAUUUACAGCUUGUUUAUAUUUCUUUCCACCCAUUCCCCAAGAAAUGUCAUUGAUUUCCCCCCCACACACACACACACCUUUCUUUAAAGCAGGUGGUGGUGGUUGAUUUUUAUAAUCUAACAAAAAUUGUCCCAUACAGAAAUAUCAGACCCAGAUAUGACUUUCUGGAUAGUACAUCAAAGUAAUGGAAGCAUAUUCAAUUAAAUAGCAAACAUUUUGAACAAAAAAGCAAUUCAUGCACUUAUAGUUAAGAAACAACAUGCAACAAAAGCAUCAUGAAUGAAAGGAUAAUGACACUCAAACUAAUUCAAAAUCAAAUCUCAUCCAUAAACUGCAAUGCAGGAGGUCUUGUCUGGACAUUACUCUUUAUAAACUAGGAAACCAGGGCUGAUGUGUGCUUUGUCUAUUAAUAUUUUUAUAUAGUGGUAUGGAGAUAUCUCUUUCUCUGAAGAUUUUCUAAAUAAAUCAAUGUAUCUAUUUUAGCUCUAGUAAAUUGGACAAGAUGAGGCUACUCCAGGUGAAAUAGUUUGUGAAUUCAGAAACUAAUUUUAAAAGAAUAAUGGAAGAAUAUUUUCUGCUGCACUAUACAUUUACCAAUUCGUUAUUUUGCAAAUCAACUUAUUCCUGGCUCUAGAAAAUAAGCACGUUUUUGAAUUUCAUAGCAGAUCUUAUGACAUUGUUCAGUGUCAAUUAGGCUGGUGAGAUUAUUUUUCCCCCUCUAAACAAAUGGAGAUUCCGAAUGAAGAUUCCAUCACUUGGCUUCCCGCAUGGCUGGGAAUAAAGGCUAUUUUUCCCCCUCCCAGUUAUCUUCUAUUUUCUGUUUUUUUGGGAUUGGUUUACUUCCUUCUCUUCAGUUCUUGCAUGGCUGCAAACAAGCCACCUUUUGACUUUUUUCUGCCCUAAAAUAAAAUCUGUGGGAAUUUCAGGAUUUUCAUUUUCUAAGUGUUGCACAAUUUUAUGACUUUUUAACUUUAGGGGGAAGUAACAGGAAAAAAGUUAAAUGGAACUAUGUGUAUAUAUAAAUAUAUAUUAUAUAAAUAACAAACACACAAUAUAUAUGUAUAUAUAUAUAUGAAAUACCUUUGGAAAUAUUUAUUUCACACGAAUGCAAAAAGCAAAAGCAAACCGAAAAGAAAAAAAAAAGCAGCUUUGUAAUGUAAGCAAAUAAAAACUUCAGAGAGUUUCUCCCUCUCUUUUGCAACUUGAUGUGACUGGAAUACUCAAAACAAACAAAAAAAUCUUCAGUAUCUUUUGUACGUGAAUCAGAAUUGUAAAGCAGCGUGAUCGUGUUGGGUUCUUUCUUCCAGUUUUUUUGAAGCUGUGGCUGUGAACAAAUGAUCACUGCUAAAAUUUUAUGCUAUAUUUUUUGGGGUGAAGGGGGGAAAUAAGGGUUGUCAAAUUUAUUCUUGGUGUUUAAGUGCAAUAAAAUAGCUACAAAUUCUUGUAUGGAAAA